AUGGAGAGGCUUUUUUAUUGGUCAGAUGAUCUCGAUUGGCAAGAGGGGUAUUAAUCUGUUCCGUUUUCAUGUUUGUUUAAAUGAGACGUACGCUGUUACCAAAUAAUAUACUGAAUGUGGACUAUGACAUAAAUCAUAGUUAAUUGCUUGUUCUUUUAUACAUUCAGAACUUAGAGCGCGGAGAGGAGGGCUGCAAUUAUUUAAAGACUAGACCAAUAUUCAAGGAGAGGUCGUAGCUGCGGUGGACUUGACGCGAGCGUGCAAAUCACGACGUCUUGGUUGCGCCUCUGCAGUAAUGACUUGAAAUUCCUGUUACCAAGUUACACUAUGCCUGUUUUUAUCCUUGUAAUGUGACAUUUCCGAAGGUUUACCAUGUCAAAUUUUUGAUCUGGACCUUAUUUGUGCAUUCACUCCACAGUUGUCAUUUCACACGGUCCCUGAAUUGCUGAACCAGUGGGGCGGGGCGGGAAGUUGGAUCACGCGACUGUGUUUCUCAGCCGGGAAACCCCCCGACUGAGAAAUCCACGGCCAUACGUACUCGAUACAACCUGAAACCACGACCUUUGACGUCAAUGUUUUGAUGUGCGUGGGGCUAGGCUGACAGAAAAACAUUAUUCAGAUCUGUGUCUGAUAGUGUAUUGCGUGUUUUCGGAAAAACCCACAUUGCGAAAUGACAUUUUUGUGGCAUAUUGGUGUAUGGACGGCCUAGUGUAAAAAAUAUAACUCCUAACGACCACUGGAGGCAUUCAGGGCAUGGCAAACUCGCCGAUUUCGGAUCUUGCUCAGAGAUACAGUACUUGUACGCCCUGUCCAUCCAGGUGUACCCCUAUAACGUCGUAGUACAUUACAAAUUGGUACACUGAUUUUCGUAGCCAAUACAUCGACCAACCAAACCCCAAAAGCUUCCUUCAUCGUCUUUUCAUAACCAAACCCGUACCUAUAGUAUACGUAGUAAUUAGAUUCGACUUCAGGGUGUACCGGGGCUGUACUCGCCGGCUUGACCCACGAAACAACCCGUCGUCUCGCCGGUCCGCUACUCGUGUGUCAACUACGUUCAGCUUUGACGGACUGGUAGCCCUUGGCGUCGUUCAGUGUUCCCGAGAUCGCAAGCUUUUUCCACCGCCAUGAAAUGUGGCAAGUGUGACGUUCAGAAGCUCUCCCGUGAGUUCCCGCCAUGGACCUUGGUGGAGUCCUGCAACCACGCUGUACUGCACUGUCUGAGGUGUGUGACGGCACAUGCUGAACAGCAUGGACAAUGCUCUCAGUGUGGGAACGAUGCCAGCCAAACCUCCAGUCGUCUGAAACAGUGCUACUAUCAACUGAAGGCACUGUUUCCCGAAUAUGAGCCCACGUUUGUCCCCCAGACCGCCACGGUGACGACUGGUGAGACAGGCUACAUCAGCAUGGCGAUGCUGAAUGGCGACAGCACCAGUGUGCAGCUGAAUCCCGCCAUGACAGUGUCCAGGCUGAAAGAAAUUAUUAGACAGAGUUUGAAGGUGCCGCUGGAGAAUCAACAGCUGGUUUAUAACGGGAAAGAAAUGAAGGAACUCACUGAUACACAUGCUCAGGCGACCCUUGGCUCUUAUCAGGUGGUUCCUAAAACGACCAUCCAUGUCCGGAGGCUUCUUUACGCAGCACCGUCAGGCUUGGACAAGGUUGUCUUUGACCUGUACUGGGGCUAUCCGACAAAUGGCAGGGACUAUCUUGACGCAAGUGUGCUUGUCUUUGAAGGAGUCAAGCUUUUGUACGUUCUUGAUUACCGCCAUACAGUGCGACCCGCCAUGUGCCAUUCGGGAGAUCUGAUGGAUGAUUAUGCUCGUAAAGGCCAUCACUUGAUCAAAGUUAAUCUUCACAGCAUCCCAAGUGCGACCACUCACCUGUUCUUCACCCUCAGCGCUUGGAAUUCACCCACUGUCUCCAGAUACCCAAAUCCCAGUCUAAGGUUCUACGAAGAGUCUAACCCUGGCAAGAUGCUCUGCGAGGACACCAUCAAGAAACUGAACUACUCCCAGGCCAUAGUCAUGGGCUGGUUGGCGAGGCACGGCGGGAAAUGGUGUGUCUUUAGCGCUGGCAAGGCAUCGGCUGGCAACGCCAAAAACUACAGCUGUCUCGUGUCAACAAUACAAGGCAUCAUCAUAAAUGGGUUGUAGGUCUAAAUAUGAAUCAGGAAGUCAGAAAAUAAAGAAAAACACAACCAGAGUUUGGUCCUUUCUAGUAUUUAGCAACAGCAGAACGACUGGCUGUUCGGAAGGAUAACGCCCCGUGAAUUGUGCUCCGCAAACCAGUUUUCUAACUUCAACAUUUGCCUCAUCCUAUAACAUUUUAUAAGGUACAUUACACGAUAUUUCCCCGGCCUGUUUUCUAAAUAAGCAUGGUUAAUAAUUGACCAAAUCUCUCUACAUUUUCAUAUGUGCGUUACUGUGGCAAGUAAUGAUAACAUCUGCAGACAGCCUUAAAUAUUUCUCAAUUGGUUGCUUAUUUUUAAUGAGACAUUUUACCUAUAUUUCAUUUUCUUUUAUUGGGCACUGUGUUUCUAGAAGCGUUUCCCAAUCAAAAUCAUACUAACAAAUGAAAUGUGUCUUGAGUGUAAAACAUGUGUUUUGUUCAUAAAAAACAAGAGUCGGUAGCAGCCGAAAAUUAAAUUAAGCUUUAUACGAACAAUAUGAUGCAUAGAUGUCUU